GGCGCCGCCUCCUCGGCCCGCUUCCGCGUCCGCCCCGAGCCGCGUCCUGCCGGGUCCCCGCUGCCGCCGCUGGGUGUCCAAAAAUCAACAUGUCUAGCAAAAAGGCCAAGACAAAGACCACCAAGAAGCGCCCUCAGCGCGCCACUUCCAAUGUAUUUGCGAUGUUUGAUCAGUCGCAGAUCCAGGAAUUCAAGGAGGCCUUCAACAUGAUCGACCAGAACAGGGAUGGCUUCAUUGACAAAGAGGACCUGCACGACAUGCUGGCCUCCCUUGGAAAGAAUCCAACGGAUGAAUACCUGGAUGCCAUGAUGAAUGAGGCUCCAGGCCCCAUCAACUUCACCAUGUUCCUCACCAUGUUUGGUGAGAAGUUAAAUGGCACCGACCCGGAGGAUGUAAUCAGGAAUGCUUUUGCUUGCUUUGAUGAAGAAGCAACAGGGUUCAUCCAGGAAGACUACCUGCGGGAGCUGCUGACCACAAUGGGAGACAGGUUCACGGAUGAGGAGGUGGAUGAGCUGUACAGAGAGGCCCCCAUCGACAAAAAGGGCAAUUUCAACUACAUCGAAUUCACGCGCAUCCUGAAACACGGAGCAAAAGACAAGGACGACUGAGCAAAUCCCUGCAUACCUGCAGAUAGCACCUUUAAUUCCUUUUUUUUUUUUCCUUCUCACUAAUUUUAUUUCUCAGGAUCUGUUUUUUCCUUUUUUUUCUUGUUGGGACCUUUUGCAUACUUUUUUAGCACUGCGGCUUCUUCCUCUGUGGAUCCCUAAGGCUGCUCAGGCACACCUGCACCUUUGUAAUAAGACUGGAAAGUGGCAGGGAGAGAGAGGACAGCUUACAGUGGUAGAGGUCGAGGGGCAAAGAUCAGAGUGUGUGAAGGCCCAGAUAAAAAUGUCAGUGCUACUCAUCCUAGCUAGAUUAAUUUUACAUUUUUAAUGGUAAUUUUUCAAGUAAAUCACUGUCUACUAAGUGCACAAUUAAAAUUUUCGUGCUAGAAGUAUGAUGUUUCUCUAAUGAUAUCUGUAAAUAUUUUUGCAGUCAUGUUGCUACCCAUUUUUGCCUUAAAAAUGAUGCAUAAGUCACUUAAGCAUACUGAUGUUUGUACUUCAGCAGCUGAGUAUUUCACCUGCUACUGUGAACAUACACAUGAAGAAGACAUUCCCAUCCUUCAAAUUUUAGUGUAUUGUAAAUUAAUAAUUUCUGUCCGAGACUUGCACAUUAAACAUUUUAAAUCUUAUGAAUGUAGUUGAGCAUGUAUUUUACCACCUCAGUGCCUCCAUUUCUCGACACUGAGUACUAUAUUAAUACCAAUUUCAAAAAAAAUUUUAAGUCCUUGUGGGUUUUUUAUAAACAAGGUGUCAUAUAUGGGUAGAGUUGCUGGCGUGAUGCUUCUUACCAGAUUUGUGGGGCUGCUGAUACUGCAUUAAUGACAUUUCAUUGCAACCA